UACAUUUAACAGUUCAUUCUCAGAAAAAAAAAUAAAAAAAAAUGGAGAAGGCAAGCGUUCGAGUUCCAUGUCCUAAGCUUCUCCUCUGCAAGAACGAACCAGCUGGCCUCCAAUGGCUGAUCGGAUCCCCAUUCUUCCCGCCACUCACCGUCGUCUCCACACUAAAAUGCAUCCACACCGAUUCCUCCUCCUCAUCUCCAGACUACACCAGAGAAUCAGAAGAGCUUCGGACGUUACUGUUAAAAGGAUUUCACGUCAUCGGAGCUUUAGUUGUGGCCAAUUCCGACGAAGAGAAGCACGCCGGCGAGGCUAUUGCUGCGGCGAGAAGGUUAGGAAAGCUUGUGUGUGGUGGAAGUGAGAAAUUGGAUGAGCAGGAAGUAAUUGGAGCUGUUGCAGAGUCUAAAGGUGGAGGCAUUCGGUUUUUCGUGUCGAAAUCGGAGAGUUCUAGGAGCUUUGAGUGUGUUGAUGUGGUGUAUGAAGAUGAUCCUGAGAAGUUUGUUUGGGAGAGGGGUUGUUUGAUUCGAUGUGAGCUUCCUUUGAAGCUGCCGAUUUACUAUCCAGUAAACAAGCCUUCUGAUUCCGAACGGAUCUUGCAGCGUGCAAUUGAAGCAGUUGUUUCCAAGUUCAAAGACCCAAAGGCUGCAUACCUGGUAGAAACUCUAAGCAAAACUUCAUCUGAAGUACCUCAGCCUGUCAUCAUUCGUGGUGGAGAUUUGGAUUUUGACAUGGAUCUCUCAAAUGUCAAACUUUUGGGUGAAAGUGGCCAUGAUUCUGAUGCUAAGUUCUUGCCAUGUUCUCAUUUUUGUUUGGAGAGUAAAAAAGACUCCCGCGAGUAUUCUGCUGAGCAUGCAGAUAGAAUCCAAGUAAAUAUUCUGCUCAAUAGUUCAGAGAAAUCUCAAAAAUCUACUGCACCUGUAGCAGAAUAUUUUCCAGCUCUGGAAGAAGUUAGAAUUUUGGUUGUAGAUUUCAAGCUAGAAGUGCUCUGUUAUGCAGCCAAAGGUCUCUCACUGGUGCAUGCAGUUUCAAAGUUAGUCAUCCCAGGGUUAGUUGAUCAGUUAAAUAGAGUAGGAAAGACUGUCCUGCCCAACCUCUUAGAGCAACGUCCUCAGCUACAUCCCUAUCACUUUAAUCCUCCUGGUUUUCUGCAUCCGGUUACUGUUAUUUAUGAACUCAACUAUGGCGAAACAGAGAUGAAGCAAGUUGAAGUUAGGAAAUCCCUACACUUAAGGCUGGGUUUACCUUGUGAUCGUCCGCUUUUAAGAAUUGCUAAUGCUCUGGAUUUCUCUGGCGUAAGGAGCGACCCAACACGAAAAGGUACUACUUUGCUUAAAGAUGUACACAUUGGGAUUCCAAGCAGUGGAGUUUCAGGGGGCAGUGUGUCUCUGGUGCAAGGCUCUUAUGAGUACUACCAUUAUCUACAAGAUGGAUUUAAUGACUCGGGCUGGGGUUGUGCUUACCGUUCUCUUCAAACGAUCAUUUCAUGGUUCAGACUCCAACACUAUACAUCUAUAGAUGUUCCCUUGCAUAGGGAAAUACAACAGUCACUUGUAGAGAUUGGCGAUAAGGAUCCUUCUUUCAUUGGGUCACGUGAAUGGAUUGGUGCCAUUGAGUUGAGCUUUGUUCUGGACAAGCUUUUGGGAGUUAGUUGCAAAGUCAUGAAUUUUAGAUCUGGAGCUGAGCUUCCCGAAAAAUGUCGAGAGCUGGCUUUGCACUUUGAGAAUCAAGGAACACCUAUUAUGAUUGGUGGUGGAGUUCUUGCAUAUACCCUCUUGGGAGUUGAUUACAAUGACGCAAGCGGAGACUGUGCGUUUCUUAUACUUGAUCCUCACUAUACAGGCAACGAUGAACACAAGAAAAUAGUAAACGGUGGAUGGUGUGGGUGGAAAAAGGCUGUUGAUAGCAAGGGAAAGAGUUUCUUUUUGCAUGAUAAGUUCUACAAUCUUCUGCUUCCACAGAGGCCUGAUAUGGUUUGAACUGCAAAAUAUCUUCAGAAUCACACAGCUGUACCAGGAAUGACUUUCAAAUUUGAAGGCAGUUUAUAGCUAGUUACGAACAUUAGGUUAAGUGAAUGUAUUCAGUGCCGGUAUAUUGGAAUUCAUAAUUUGAAGGCAGUUUAUAGCUAGUUACGAACAUUAGGUUAAGUGAAUGUAUUCAGUGCCGGUAUAUUGGAAUUCAUUCUGUAAUUUGGACCGUGAUUACAGCUGGGUACUUGUUCA